AUGGCUUCGAGAGUAUUUCUGCAGCAGCGCAUCGCGCCUGUGGCCACUGGCGCCGCCCUUGCUGGCCUGGCCCUCUUCCCCAAGACAGCUCUGCACGCAGAAGCUCCUGAGGAGACCCGCUCCCGGAAACCCAUCUACGACGAGUACGAGACCCCGGCCGCGCCCGCGACGUCCCUACCCUCCUCCGAGAAGAGCUUCCCAGCUCCCGCGAAGACCGCAUCACCCACUCCUACCGACCGGCUAGCAGUCCAAAUCAGAAAGACGAGAUUGUUCCUCUACAGCCAUGUCCUGGCCGCAGAGACCAAGGUUAACCAGCUGAUGGAUUCAGCGCUCGACCUCGAGGACAGCUUUACCAGCACCGUAGCGUCCCUGGCACCCACACCGCAGUCCGGCGAGAAGCUCAUGCCGGGAACUCUCUACGUUUUGGUGGCAGCCAUGACCGGCAGCAUUGUCUCGCGCAACCGGAACAUCCUGCUUAGAGCCACGGUGCCCCUGGCUGUGGGGAUCGGAGCCGGCUGGGUGGUUCUGCCAGUCACGAUGAGGAAUGUCUCGGACUUGCUGUGGAAGUAUGAGCAGCGGUUCCCGGCUGUGGCAGAUGGUCACAUUCGGACGAGGGAGAGUAUCGAGAAGGCGUGGAGGAUGGCGCGGAUCCAUACUCAGCAGGCGGUUGAUGUUGUGGACGAGAAGGUCACUUCUGGACGGGGAGCUGUGGAGGACUGGGUGAAGAAGGGGAAAUGA